AUGAUAGGACCAGAGAAAGGUUCGGACGGGGGGAGCCCGACCCGUGCCGAGCCGCCGCCGCCGCCGCAGACCUCGUCCUCGGGCUUCCUGUACCGGCGGCUCAAGACGCACGAGAAGCGGGAGAUGCAGAAGGAGAUCUUGUCGGUGCUGGGGCUCCCGCACAGGCCCCGGCCCCUGCACGGCCUCCAGCCAGCGCACCCCCCAGCCCUCGCGCAGCGGCUGGCGGAGGAGCCCCCUCCGGGGCGGCUGAAGUCUGCGCCCCUCUUCAUGCUGGAUCUGUAUAACGCCCUGGCCACCGGCGACGACGAGGAGGACGGGGCAUCGGAGGGGAACGCGCGUCAGCCUGGGCUGCACCGAGGGGCCAGCUCGCCCCAGCUGCGGCCGCCGUCUCCUGGCGCAGGACACCCGUUCCACCGCAAGAGCCUCCUGGCCGCGGGCCCUGGCGGGGGCGACGGCACAACUCCACUGACCAGCGCGCAGGACAGCGCCUUCCUCAACGACGCGGACAUGGUCAUGAGUUUCGUGAACCUGGUGGAGUACGACAAGGAGUUCUCCCCUCGCCAGCGACACCACAAAGAGUUCAAGUUCAACUUAUCCCAGAUUCCUGAGGGUGAGGCGGUGACGGCUGCAGAAUUCCGCAUCUACAAGGACUGUGUUGUGGGCAGUUUUAAAAACCAAACUUUUCUUAUCAGCAUUUAUCAAGUCUUACAGGAGCAUCAGCACAGAGACUCGGACCUAUUUUUGUUGGACACUCGAGUUGUGUGGGCCUCGGAAGAAGGCUGGCUGGAAUUUGACAUCACAGCCACUAGCAACCUGUGGGUGGUGACCCCGCAGCACAACAUGGGGCUGCAGCUGAGUGUGGUGACACGGGAUGGACUCCACAUCAACCCCCGUGUGGCAGGCCUGGUGGGCAGAGACGGCCCUUAUGACAAGCAGCCCUUCAUGGUGGCCUUCUUCAAAGUGAGUGAGGUCCACGUGCGUACCACCAGAUCCGCCUCCAGUCGGCGCCGACAACAGAGUCGCAAUCGCUCCACUCACUCUCAAGACGUGUCCCGGGUCUCCAGCGCUUCAGAUUACAACAGCAGUGAAUUGAAAACGGCCUGCAGGAAGCAUGAGCUUUAUGUGAGUUUCCAAGACCUAGGAUGGCAGGACUGGAUCAUCGCACCGAAGGGCUACGCUGCCAACUACUGUGACGGGGAGUGCUCCUUCCCGCUCAACGCCCACAUGAACGCCACCAACCAUGCCAUCGUGCAGACCCUGGUUCACCUUAUGAAUCCUGAGUAUGUCCCCAAACCGUGCUGCGCACCAACCAAACUGAAUGCCAUCUCAGUUCUUUACUUUGAUGACAACUCCAAUGUCAUCCUGAAAAAAUACAGGAAUAUGGUCGUAAGAGCUUGUGGAUGCCAUUAAGUAGAAGCCAGUCACUGGGGACACCUGUUCCACUUGGAUUCCUCUACUCACCUGCCUUACCAGCCAUACAAGCACAGUGGAAAUGGGACAGAGGCCAAAGCCACCUCCUGCCGGUGCCUUAUUGCCCAAUGAAGAUUUUAGAUCUCAUUAAUGAGAUCCUUUUCACUAGGUAAAAAACUGCGAGUGAGUAGUUAUGGGUCUGUAAGACACUGAGUUUGGACAUUUGCAGUAUGAGGUCUCAGUAAUGCACAAAUAGUGAAUGCCACCACCACUCCCAAAUUAGUUUUAGCUUUAAUUUAGAUCAAGCUAUUCAUAGUAUUAAUGAUCUUGAAGGGUGGACUUGUUACAGAGGAGGGGGUGGUGUUUCUGUUCAUAGAUCUCAUUCCAGGAAGGAUAGUUUCACACAGCCUGGACUGGAAGCAGGCUCUACAAGUGCCUUUUUGUCUAUUUGUGGCUACAUUUGUGCUGGAGUUGUAUUAGUAUAAAAUAGCAUAAAACUAUUCAGUCCAAACAACCCAUGUCCACACCUCCCCCUUCCCACAGUUGUCUUGUUAGGAGCCAAAGUGGCACAGUUGCUGGAGAAGGAGAUGGGGGAAGGCAGUGGCCUUCAGUUGUUACCAGGUAGUGUGAAAAGCAGUGCUACACCUCUUCAGGGGACUGCUCUGAGAAGCACCCAGUCUAGUUCACUCACACAGCCUUCUGCCUCCUAGUGUACAGUAGCUACCCAUGCUGCAGGGUUACCAGUGGGGAAAGGGCACCCUGCCUCCACAAGGGCUAAAGCCACGCGUGUGCUGUUUAUGAACCAGAAUCACAAUGUCUCUUGUAGAAAGCAAGGCUCAGAUGAAAUCUUUAGAAUAUUUUUUAAAAGUCUUUCUCACAAUCAUGUACUGGGAAACCAAUUUCAUACUAAACUGAUUAAAUACAUUUAUAAUCUA